AUGGUGUUCGAGUCGGUGGUCGUGGACGUGCUGAACCGGUUCUUGGGGGACUACGUGGUGAACCUGGACACGUCCCAGCUCUCGCUGGGCAUCUGGGGAGGAGCUGUGGUUUUGAAGAACCUUGAAAUUAAAGAAAAUGCCCUGAGUCAACUGGAUGUACCAUUUAAAGUUAAAGUUGGUUAUAUAGGUAAUCUUAAUCUUAAAAUUCCAUGGAAAAACCUCUAUACUCAACCAGUUGUAGCUGUACUGGAAAACAUUUAUUUACUCAUAGUGCCUUCUUCUAUAAUAAAAUAUGAUUUUAUAAAAGAAGAAAAGCAACUUUUGGAAGCAAAGCAGCAGGAACUAAAAAGAAUAGAAGAAGCCAAACAAAAAGUAGCUGAUCAAGAAAAACUCCUGGUGGAAAAACAAGACACCUUUACAGAAAAAUUAAUUACUCAGAUUAUAAAAAAUCUUCAAGUGAAAAUUUCCAACAUCCAUAUUCGUUAUGAAGAUGAUAUCACAAAUCAAGAAAACCCACUGUCAUUUGGUAUUUCUCUUCAAAAUCUCAGCAUGCAGACAACGGAUCAUAACUGGGUUCCAUGUUUACAUGAUGAAACUGAGAAACUAUUUCGUAAGUUAAUCCGAUUGGAUAACCUUUUUGCUUAUUGGAAUGUGAACUCCCGGAUGUUUUAUCUCACUAGUUAUCAUGAUUCAUUGGAAAGCUUGAGGAAUGGCAUAGUUGAUGAAAAUAUUAUUCCAGAAGGUUAUGAUUUUGUAUUUCGCCCCAUAUCUGCUAAAGCCAAACUUCAGAUGAAUCACCGAGCUGAUUUUGACUUUUCCGCCCCUAAGAUAAAACUGGAUGUUGAAUUACAUGACAUAGCGAUUGAAUUUAAUAAACCACAGUAUUUCAGUCUUAUGGAGCUUCUUGAAUCAGUUGAUAUGAUGACCCAAAAUCUGCCAUAUAGGAAGUUCAGACCUGAUGUACCUGUUCACGGCCAUGCCAGAGAAUGGUGGGUUUAUGCUAUACGUGGUAUUCUUGAAGUAAAUGUUUGCCCCCACUUACGGAUGUGGUCAUGGAAACAUAUUUGUAAACAUCGGCAACAAAUGAAGCAAUAUAAAGAACUCUAUAAGAAAAAACUAAUAAAUAAGAAGCCACCUGUUGAAGUUCUCAGCUGUUUGGAGGAGUUGGAGAAGACUCUGGAUGUAUUUAAUAUAACUAUAGUGAGACAACAGGCAGAAGUUGAGUUAAAGAAAGCAAGAUACAAGAUAUACAAAGAAGGAAUAAAAGAUUCAGAGGAAAAUAAAGGAUGGUUUAACUGGUUGUGGACUUGGUCAGAACCACAAACUAAAGAACAGCAGCCUGAUCUUAAACGUGGAGGUAUUGAAGAAAUCUUGACACCUGAAGAAAAAACUUUACUCUAUGAAGCAAUUGGCUAUAGUGAAACAGCAGUUGACCCAACCUUGCCAAAAUCAUUUGAAGCCAUGAAGUUGUACAUGCACUUGAAAAGUAUGUCUAUCGUUCUAAGAGAAGAACAACGAAAACGUGAGCUAUUAAAUAUUGUAGUAAAAGAAUUUAGCACUUGGGUUGUACAAAGACCGGGAGCACAAUCAAUAAAAUUUGAAACCAAAAUAGAUUCCUUUCAUGUUACUGGCCUACCAGAUAAUUCAACAAAACCCCGCCUCCUGUCCUCAUUGGAUAAUACUGCAUCACUUUUCCAGAUUACGUUUGAGACAAAUCCAUUAGAUGAAACUGUUGCUCAAAGGUGUAUCAUAGAAGCUGAACCUUUAGAAAUAAUAUAUGAUGCAAGAACAGUGAAUAGUAUAGUGGAAUUCUUCAGACCUCCAAAAGAGGUAAAUCUAGCACAGCUCACUUCAGCGACUUUGACAAAACUUGAAGAAUUUCGUGAUAAGACAGCAACAGGUCUACUGUAUAUUAUUGAAACACAGAAAGUUCUUGAUCUCAGAAUUAAUUUGAAAGCUUCAUAUGUUAUUAUCCCACAAGAUGGAAUUUUUAGCCCUACAUCAAAUCUGCUUCUUUUGGAUCUUGGUCAUUUAAAGGUGACAAGUAAAAGUCGUUCACAAUUACCAGAUAUGAAACAAGGUGGGGCCAGACUUGAAGAGAUAAUGCAUAGAGCUUAUGAUUCCUUUGAUAUUCACCUUACAAGCAUUCAGCUGCUUUACAGCAGAGUUGGUGAUAAUUGGAAAGAAGCACGAAAACUCAAUAUGUCUACACAGCAUGUUUUGGUACCUUUACACUUCAAUGUGGAAUUCUCUAAGGCCAUAGUUUUCAUGGAUAUAAGGAUGCCUAAAUUCAAGAUUUUUGGAAAGUUACCACUGAUUUCUUUGCGAAUCUCAGAUAAAAAACUGCAAGGAAUUUUGGAAUUGAUUGAAAGCAUUCCAAAACCCACACCUGCACCUGAAGUACAUGCCCCUGUCAAGCCAUUUCAGAGGCAAAGGUCCACUUCUUUGGGAGCAUCACAGAUUUCACAGAAAGUGAUUCCUCUCUUGGAACUUGCAAGUGUUGAAUAUGAGUCAGAGGAGGAAUUUUAUGAUGCACCAUGUAGUCCUUUGGAAGAAUAUUUUCAGUCAACUGCUAGUGUUAAAAGUUGUCAACAAAAUAAGCUUCCAGAACUGGAUUCUUCAAAAAAUAUGAUUCAGUAUAAAAUAAGAUUUGAAGUGCCAGAGGUAUCGGUUCAGUUUUACCACCUUGUUGAGGAUUGUGAAUUACCUGUGGUAGAAAUUGUUGUCUUAGGAUUGGGCACAGAAGUAGAACUUAGAACAUUUGAUUUGAAAGCCAAUGCCUUUUUGAAAGAAUUCUGCUUAAAAUGCCCAGAAUACUUAGAUAUAAACGAAAAGCCAGUUUAUUUGAUUACAACACUGGAUAACACAAUGGAAGAUCUGUUAACACUAGAGUAUGUGAAGGCUGAAAAGAAUGUACCCAACUUGAAAAGUGCCUCUAACAAUGUUGAACAACUGAUUAAGGUGAAUUUUUCCUCUUUGGAUAUUCAUUUGCAUACGGAAGCACUCCUGAAUACAAUAAACUAUUUUAAUAAUUUUCUUCCACAAUUGGAGGAAAAGUCAGCCUCAGGGCAUGUUGCAGAGACAGAAGACAAGGGAGAGGUCAUUAAAAAAAUAGCUUCAAGACGAUACAGACAUGAAGAUAUUACCUUGCAGAUCUUAGCAGAAUUAUCAUGUUUACAGAUCUUUAUUCAAGAUCAGAAACAUAACAUUGCUGAAAUUAAGAUUGAAGGGCUUGAUUCUGAGAUAAUUAUGAGGCCUUCAGUAACUGAAAUAAAUGCAAAGCUAAGGAAUAUAAUUGUUUUGGAUUCUGAUGUAACAGCUGUAUAUAAAAAGGCUGUUUAUAUCACUGGAAAAGAAGUUUUCAGCUUCAAAAUCCUUUCUUAUGUGAAUGCAACUGCUGAUUCUGCAUACACAGAUAUGAGUGUGGUUGACAUUCAAGUUAAUUUAACUGUUGGUUGCAUUGAAGUAGUCUUAAUCAUAAAAUUUUUACAUUCUAUUUUGACUUUUAUAGAUAAUUUUCAAGCAGUGAAAGAAGCCUUGGCUGAAGCAACUGUCCAGGCGGCAGGAAUGGCUGCAACUGGUGUAAAAGAACUGGCACAAAGGAGUUCUAGAAUGGCAUUAGAUGUGAACAUCAAAGCCCCAGUUGUGGUCAUCCCACAGUCUUCAGUUUCUAAAAAUGUCCUUGUUGCUGAUUUUGGAUUAAUUACAAUGACCAAUACAUUCCACAUGAUAACAGAGAGCCAGAUCAAUCCCCCACCCAUUAUUGAUUUGAUUACGAUAAAGCUGAGUGAAAUGCGACUAUACAGGUCUCAAUAUAGUAAUGACGCAUACCAGGAAGUACUGGAUAUACUACUGCCAUUAAAUCUUGAGGUGAUUGUUGAGCGAAAUUUAGCCUGGGAGUGGUUCCAGGAAGUUCCUUGUUUUAAUAUAAAUGCUCAACUAAAGCCUAUGGAGUUCAUUCUUAGUCAAGAAGAUAUAACAACUAUCUUUAAAACAUUAUAUGGUAAUAUAUGGUAUGAAGGAGGUGGCAAUGUCCCAGUGGCAGGAGUGAAAGAUCAGAGUGUUACUAGUGGAGUCACUAAUGCUUCACAUCAUUCAGGAGGAACAACUGUAGUGACAGCUGCUGUGGUAGAAGUACAUUCAUGUGCCGCUCAAGUUAAGACAACACUAAAUAUGAGUUUCAAAACUGACUAUCUCACCAUGAUACUAUAUAGUCCAGGUCCUAAACAGACUUCCUUUACAGAUGUUCGUGAUCCUUCUCUGACACUUGCUGAAUUUAAGUUGGAGAAUAUAAUAAGUACUUUAAAAAUGUAUACAGAUGAGUCAGUAUCUGCUGCCUUCUCAUUAAAAAACUGUAUUUUAGAUGAUAAAAGGCCUCAUGUCAAGAAGGCAACUCCUAGAAUGAUAGGACUGACAGUUGGAUUUGACAAAAAAGAUAUGAUGGAUGUAAAGUAUAAGAAAAUCAGAGAUAGCUGGAUGUCUGAUGUAGUCCUUCAAGAAACAUAUAUUUGUGCAAGUGUGGAAUUUCUGCUGACAGUUGCAAAUGUCUUUCUUGAAGCCUACACCACAGGCACUGCUGUAGAAACCAAUGUUCAAGCAUGGGCUGCUAGAGAAGAAGUACCUGUACAGGUACAAGAAAAGUGGGAAGUGAAUAUUCUUAUUAAAAAUCCUGAAAUUGUGUUUGUGGCUGAUAUGACAAGAAAUGAUGCUCCUGCCUUAGUCAUUACAACACAGUGUGAAAUUGGUUUGAAGGGUGACCUUGAAAACAAUACAAUGACUGCUGCUAUUAAAGAUCUCCAAAUGAGAGCAUGCCCAUUUCUUCCUGACAAGAGAAAAGACAGAAUCACUACUGUUUUGCAGCCCUGUGAUUUGUUCUAUCAAGCUACUCAGAUAGGCACAGAUCCACAAGUGAUUGAUAUAUCACUAAAAUCUCUGACACUAAAGGUUUCACCAGUUAUCAUAAAUACUGUGAUCACCAUAACUGCAGCACUUUAUACCACCAAGGAAGCCACCCCACAGGAAGCCACUUCCUCUACAGCAUGUCUAUGGGAAAAGAAGGAUACGAAGACUUUAAAAAUGUGGUUUCUUGAAGAACCAAAUGAAGUGAAAAACAUAGCUCCCACAACUGAAUUGGUACCCAAGGGAGAGAUAAUAAAAAUGAACAUUGAUUCUAUUUUUAUAGUUCUUGAGGCUGGGGUUGGUCAUAGAACAGUGCCUAUGCUUUUGGCAAAAUCAUGUUUUUCAGGGGAAGGCAAAAACUGGAGUUCCCUCAUAAAUCUCCACUGUCAGCUGGAGUUAGAAGUGCAUUAUUACAAUGAAAUGUUUGGUGUAUGGGAACCUUUGCUUGAACCUUUAGAAAUUGACCAGACUGAGGAAUUUAGACCAUGGAAUCUUGGAAUCAAGAUGAAAAAGAAAGCAAAAAAGGCUAUUGUUGAGUCAGAUACUGAAGAAGAACAUUACAGAGUGCCAGAAUAUAAAACUGUCAUCAGCUUCUAUUCAAAAGACCAACUAAACAUUACAUUAUCCAAAUGUGGUCUUGUAAUGUUAAAUAAUUUAGUUAAGGCAUUUACAGAAGCUGCCACUGGAUCUUCAACUGUCUUGAUGAGGGAUCUAGCACCAUUUAUGAUUUUAAAUUCUCUUGGACUUAACAUCUCUGUUUCACCAAGUGAUUCUUUUAGUGUGCUCAACGUGCCAGUGGCAAAGUCAUACAUAUUGAAAAAUGAGGAAAGUUUAAGUAUGGAUUAUGUCCGAACAAAAGACAAUGAUCAUUUCAAUGCAAUGACCAGCCUAAGCAGCAAACUUUUCUUCAUUCUUCUUACACCUGCUAACCACUCUACUGCUGAUAAAAUUCCCUUAACAAAAGUGGGACGACGACUGUACACUGUACGACACAGAGAAUCUGGAGUUGAAAGAUCUAUUGUUUGUCAAAUUGAUGCAGUGGAAGGAAAUAAGAAAGUAACAGUUCGCUCCCCAGUGCAGAUUAGAAAUCAUUUCUCAAUCCCACUGUGUGUUUAUGAAGGGAAUACUUUAUUGGGAAUGGCUUCACCUGGAAAUGAAUUUAACAUACCAUUAGCAUCUUACCGAUCAUUCCUUUUUCUGAAACCAGAAGAUGAGGACUAUCAAAUGUGUGAAGCAAUUGACUUUGAAGAAAUUAUAAAAAAUGAAGGCACUUUUCUAAAGAGGAAAUGUAAACCUAUAAACCCUUCUAAGAAACCAUUUAUUAUUAAUGUUGUCCCAGAAAAAGAUAAUUUGACAUCUCUGUCGGUAUAUUCAGAAUAUGGUUGGGACUUACCAUACAUAAUACAUUUGUGGCCACCUAUCCUACUCCGAAAUCUUCUUCCUUACAAAAUUGUUUAUUAUAUAGAGGGGAAUGAACAUAGAGUUUUUACUCUAAAUGAAGGCUCUUCUGCCCAUAUUUGUACCGUACAAUUGGAUAAAGCCAUACUACAUUUAAAAUUACUUGACUAUCUUAAUCAAGAUUGGAAAAGUGAAUAUCAUAUAAUACCUAAUCAAGAAGAUAUUAGUUUCAUCAAUUUUACCUGUGUUACAGAAAUGGAAAAGACUGAUUUAGAUAUUGCUAUCCAUGUGACUUAUAAUCCUGGCCAGACAGUUGUGGCAUUUCAUAGCCCUUACUGGAUGGUCAAUAAAACAGGUCGAAUGUUACAGUAUAAAGCAGAUGGAAUUCAUCGAAAGCAUCCACCUAAUUAUAAAAUGCCAGUACUCUUUUCUUUUCAGCCAAAGCACUUUUUUAAUAACAAUAAGGUUCAGCUUAUGGUUACUGAUAGUGAAUUGUCAGAUCAGUUUUCAAUUGAUACUGUUGGUAGUCAUGGAGCUGUUAAAUGUAAAGGCAUGCACAUGGAGUAUCAAGUUGGUGUCAUUAUAGACCUCAGCAGUUUUAACAUUACCAGAAUUGUGACAUUUACCCCUUUUUAUAUGAUCAAAAAUAAAAGCAAGUAUCGUAUAUCAGUGGCUGAAGAGGGGAGUGAUAAAUGGCUCUCUCUAGAUAUGGAUCAGUGUAUCCCCUUUUGGCCUGAGGAUGCAUCAAAUAAACUUCUUAUUCAAGUUGAAGGAAGUAGAGGCCCUCCCAAAAAGAUAUAUUUUAACAAGCAAGAAAAUUGUAUUUUAUUGCGUCUGGAUAAUGAGCUUGGCGGUAUUAUAGCAGAAGUUAAUUUGGCUGAGCAUUCUACAGUUAUUACAUUUUCAGAUUAUCAUGAUGGAGCAGCUACAUUCCUAUUAAUAAAUCACACUAAGAAUGACAUUAUUGAAUAUAAGCAAAGUUCUCUUGAUGAAAUAGAAGACUCUCUUCCUCCUGGAAAAGCAGUACUUUAUACAUGGGCUGAUCCAGUGGGCUCUAGAAAGCUGAAGUGGACUUGUGGGAAAAGUCACGGUGAAGUAACACAAAAAGAUGAUAUGAUGACACCUAUAAAUUUGGGGAAAAAGACUAUUUAUUUAGUUUCAUUCUUUGAAGGCUUACAACGCAUUAUUUUAUUCACUGAAGAUCCAAAGGUAUUUAAAGUGACAUAUGAAAAUGAGAAAGCAGAAUUAGCAGAGCAAGAAAUUGUGUUGGCAUUACAAGAUGUUGGACUUUCUCUCGUCAACAAUUACACAAAGCAAGAAGUAGCCUAUAUUGGCAUUACAAGUUCUGAUGUGGUUUGGGAGACAAAACCCAAGAAGAAGGCAAGAUGGAAGCCAAUGAGUAUAAAACACACUGAGAAGUUAGAGAAAGAAUUUAAGGAAUAUACUGAAUCUUCACCUUCAGAAGAUAAGGUUGUUGAGUUGGAUGCUAAUAUUCCGGUUCGCUUUACACCUAGUGGCAAUAACAUGAAAAUUCUGCAACCACAUAUAAUAGCUAUACGAAGAAAUUACCUGCCAGCAUUAAAUGUGGAAUAUAAUACAUCUGCACAUCAAUCAUCAUUUAGAAUUCAAAUUUAUAGAAUACAGAUCCAAAACCAGAUACAUGGUGCUGUGUUUCCAUUUGUAUUUUAUCCUAUUAAGCCUCCCAAGUCAGUCACCAUGGAUUCAGCACCCAAGCCCUUUACAGAUGUCAGUAUUGUCAUGAGAUCUGCAGGGCAUUCCCAGAUAUCACGUAUUAAAUACUUCAAAGUGUUGAUCCAAGAAAUGGAUCUCAGGUUAGAUCUUGGGUUUGUCUAUGCACUAGCAGAACUUAUGACAGAAGCUGAAGUAACUGAGAAAACGGAGGUUGAACUUUUUCAUAAAGAUAUAGAAGUUUUCCAAGAAGAAUAUAAAACAGUUUCAUUAGUAGAUUCAUCACAAGUCAGUCUCUAUGAAUAUUUUCAUAUAUCUCCUAUCAAGUUGCAUUUAAGUGUUUCACUGAGUUCGGGUAAAGAAGCAGCUAAAGACUCAGAACAACACGAAGGAUUCAUUGCAAUUAGUUCUUUAAAUCUCUUGCUGAAGAGUAUUGGCGCCACUCUUACAGAUGUACAAGAUGUAGUUUUUAAGCUUGCAUUUUUUGAACUCAACUAUCAGUUUCAUACAACAUCUCAACUGCAGUCUGAAGUAGUAAGACACUAUUCAAAACAGGCCAUUAGGCAAAUGUAUGUACUCAUUCUUGGACUUGAAGUUUUGGGAAAUCCUUUUGGCUUGAUUAGAGAAUUUUCUGAAGGUGUAGAAGCAUUUUUUUAUGAACCUUACCAGGGAGCCAUCCAGGGUCCUGAAGAGUUUGUGGAGGGAAUGGCACUAGGACUGAAGGCAUUAGUUGGUGGAGCUGUUGGUGGAUUGGCUGGUGCUGCCUCCAAAAUCACUAGUGCUAUGGCUAAAGGGGUAGCAGCUAUAACUAUGGAUGAAGACUACCAACAAAAGAGGAGAGAAGCCAUGAACAAGCAACCGGCUGGUCUUAGAGAAGGCAUCACUCGUGGAGGAAAAGGCUUAGUUUCUGGUUUUGUAAGUGGCAUAACAGGAAUUGUUACAAAACCAAUCAAAGGAGCUCAAAAAGAAGGAGCAGCUGGUUUCUUUAAAGGUGUUGGGAAAGGUUUAGUUGGAGCAGUGGCAAGGCCAACUGGAGGCAUCAUAGACAUGGCUAGCAGUACAUUUCAGGGAAUAAAAAGGGCUACAGAGACUUCUGAUGAAGUGGAGAGUUUGCGACCCCCUCGGUUCUUUAAUGAAGAUGGAGUUAUCAGACCUUACAGGUUGAGGGAUGGUACUGGAAAUCAAAUGUUGCAGGUCAUAGAAAAUGGAAGAUUUGCAAAAUACAAAUAUUUUACCCAUGUCAUGAUCAAUAAAACAGAUAUGUUAAUGAUAACUAAAAGUGGGGUAUUGUUUGUAACAAAAGGAACAUUUGGACAGCUUACAUGUGAGUGGCAGUACAGUUUUGAUGAGUUUACCAAAGAGCCAUUCAUUGUUCAUGGAAGAAGAUUGCGAAUUGAAGCAAAGGAACGGGUGAAGUCUGUAUUCCAUGCCAAAGAGUUUGGAAAAAUAAUUAACUUCAAGACCGCAGAGGAUGCUAGGUGGAUCCUCACAAAGCUAGAAGAAGCAAGAGAACCUUCCCCGACCCUCUGA